UGAGAGAAAUCCCCAUUGACUAGCUCAGGACCACAAACCCCACCUGGGAACUUGAGUCCUGGUCCACCCUCUCGCUCCCCACCUCAACCUGCCAGGCCGAGGCCGUGCCGCCCUGACCAGGCUGCUGUGUGUGUCGUCCUCUUCCAGGCACCAGCAUGGGGAAGAUCUGCACCCUGGGCAUCGUUCUGAGCCUCUUGGCGCCAGCUCUCGCCACCAAGUCACCUGAUUGCGGAGGGAUACUCAGCCCAUCAGGAUUGAGUUACAUUGCUGAAGUUUCAAAACAGCAUGCGGAGACAAUCCUAAUGCAGGACCUAAUGGCCCCAAGAGUCUCAGAUCUGCUUCUUGGUUCCCCGAAACCCACCAGCCCAAGCAGGAACCAAAUUGACUCCGUCAAAGUUGUCGACCUCUCUCUGUCACUCAUCCCUGAUGCCGGGCUGCGGCUGAGCAUCGAUGUAGACCUUGGCGUCAUAGUCUCCCCCUCAACUUCCAAGGUGGUGAGACUAUCCAUCCCAGUAGACCUCCAUGUGGAAAGGAAUCCUGAAGGGAACCUGGAGGUGGUAACUUCUGCCUGCAAGCCCAGCAUGGAAGAAAUGCAGAGCACUGAGGAGCUGGAAAGCAAGUCUUCUAGUUUGGAGGUGGACAAGGAGAUUGAUGUCAAUAAGAUUUGCUUGGAAGUCUCCAAAUUGCUCAUUUUACCAAACGAACAACUAGCGUCUCUGACAGCUCAGUUCCCUGUCACUCCGAGCUGCCAGGUCCAGUACCUGCCCCUGGCUGCACCCAUGAUCUCCGAGCAAGGAAUCACUGUGUCUUUACAAACUCCUCCAACAUCGUCUCUCCUGGCAGGGAUGGUGCUGCCCCUUCCAGUCAGCCCCGUGCCUUUCACCGUGCCCGAGGCAGCGAGCUCCAGUCCUUCUCACCUCACCCUGGCUUUAUCUGAACACUACUACACCAGCCUCUUCUCUGCCCUGGAAAAGGUUGGAGCCUUCAACAUGACCAUCCUGAGCCCAUUGACCACUGCCACUGUGGCACAGAAGAUCACCCAGAUCGGCUCCCUUUUCCAAGGGGACCUGCCCGUGAUGCUGAAAGUCACGUUCAGGAGCUCACCACGGGUGGUGCUGGAAGAAGGCAAGGCAGCCCUGAAGCUCUUCCUCACCGUCCACGUUGGGGUUGGCGCGCCGGCCUUCCAGAACUUCCUGAGCGUAAGCGUGGAUAUGUCUGCAGGACUCCUCUUUAGAGUCACCGAUGUAAAGAUGAUGAUCUCUGCAGCAGUGAUAGAAGAUGCUGAGCUCAGCCUGGCUGCCUCUGAUGUGGGUCCUGUGCCGGCUGCAUUACUAGAGGAAUUAUUUUUGUCUACAAUUCGUGAGGAGAUACUGGCUCAGAUGAAUGCGGUCCUGAGUGAAGGAAUAUACCUGCCACACGUGUCCAGCUUUAUCUAUACUGACGUCAAUGUCAUCAUUCACAAGGACUAUGUCUUGAUCCCAUGUAACCUCAAGCUACAGCCUAAAAUGGGAGAGUAG